AAGUAACUCAGUGUAACUCUGCAGAGCCAGCUGCUGUUAUAUUACCGCUGAAAGUCCUGCAGCCCGGCUGCUGUGGGUCCAGAUCCGAGUUCAGUUAAAGAGACCAGACACUGGAAAGAUUUCUGAGGCAAAGUGGCCGGAGACAGAGUCUCUGAGGGGUCGUGAGAUGAUUGAUGUGGUAGGAAAGAAGAGAAACAAAGUUCUGCUUCACAAGUUUGGAUUCAUGUUCUGGACUUUACUUCAAUAUUUGUUGGAUAAUUUCACCUUUCGGGCGUCGUACAGUUAUUCUAAUGAAGCCAUGUGAGAAGUUUAGAGGGGAAAUGUCUCUUUGGUGGAACUGGUUUAAUCUGCAGUGACCAGUUAAUAAACAGAUUCCCAGUGAAGGGUAAAAGACUUCUAGGAUUCACCUGUGGUUCCUCAUCUCAGGCUGCUUUAAAGCGGUUCUGCACCCGGUCAUGUGUGGACAGUUGAAACCUAAACAUCAGGUUUCUCCAGCACAAAUGUAGCUGUGUCAGCCAGGUUUCUCAUUCACAUGAUGUUGAAGACGGCCGCUCGCUGCAGAAAGCUGGAAAUAAACUGUUUGCUUAGCGGGUAGUGUAAUCUCUACAUGGAUAUGUUUUCUUUCAGUUUCCAGAUGGUGUCCCUGUUUGGAUUUUACAUCUCACUUCAUCCCAGAUCUCAGUGAGAUGACGUCUUCAGCCCAUGAAAACUGUGAUCCUGCCGUCCAAAAUGAUGUUUAGAGGAAAACCUUUGACGGCUGCAGCUUUGCUGAUACUUGUGAUGAGUGUCUUCAGAGGACAGACCCUCACAUGUCAUCGAGCAGAGUAUCUGAUAGGGAAUGAAUGCUGUCCAAUGUGUCCUGCUGGAAGUCGAGUUAAAACAGAUUGCACAGAGUUCAGAAGUACUUCCUGUCUGCCCUGCGUAGAGAGAACUUUCAUGAAUCAGCCUACUGGACUUAAACAGUGUUUUCCCUGUACAAACUGUGAUGCAGGUUCUGGUUUAAAGACAAAGACGUCAUGUACAACAACAUCAGAUGCAGUUUGUGAACCACUGGAGGGAUUCUACUGUGUGGACUCUGCAGACGGCGGCUGUGUGGCCGCACAGAAACACACAAGCUGUCAACCAGGACAAUACAUCCGUCAGAAUGGAACAGCGUUAAGAGACACAGAGUGCUCUGACUGCAGUGGGGGGACAUUUUCAGAUGGGACAUUUACAUCCUGUCGGCCACACACACAAUAUGAAUCAUUAAAUCUUCAGCUGACGACAGCAGGAACUGCAUCAGCUGUAUCAGAAAGAAGAAAAGAUGCCAAAACAGAGAUACUUGUGAUGAGUGUCUUCAGAGGACAGACCCUCACAUGUCAGGGAGCGGAGUAUCUGAUAGGGAAUAAAUGCUGUCCAAUGUGUCCUGCUGGAAGUCGAGUUAAAACAGAUUGCACAGAGUUCAGAAGUACUUCCUGUCUGCCCUGCGUAGAGAGAACCUUCAUGAAUCAGCCUACUGGACUUAAACAGUGCUUUCCCUGUACAAACUGUGAUGCAGGUUCUGGUUUAAAGACAAAGACGUCAUGUACAACAACAUCAGAUGCAGUUUGUGAACCACUGGAGGGAUUCUACUGUGUGGACUCUGCAGAGGACGGCUGUGCGGCCGCACAGAAACACACAAGCUGUCGACCAGGACAAUACAUCCGUCAGAAAGGAACAGCGUUAAGAGACACAGAGUGCUCUGACUGCAGUGGGGGGACAUUUUCAGAUGGGACAUUUACAUCCUGUCGGCCACACACACAAUGUGGAUCAAUAAAUCUUCAGCUGAGAGCAGGAACUGCUUCAGCUGAUGCUGAAUGUGGAGAACAAAGUUCAAACACGACAGGAACUGCAUCAGCUGUAUCAGAAAGAAGAAAAGAUGCCAAAACAAAGAAAGAAAAACAAAUGCAGAAAAUCCCCAACAGGAGCCUCUGAGUGGAAAAGACAACAGACGUGUUCACAGCUGCAGGAUGAGACAGUUCCUGUUUAAACAUGCAGACAGUGUUUUGUACACUGUGGAGUGAAUGUGCUCUAGAAUCCAGUCAUAAUCCAGUUGGAUGCUGGCACAUUGUCUUUGCAGUGUACAGAAAUGAAACAGUCCCAGCUGAAGGUCCUUUUUUUUCUGUCAACGAGUUGAAAUUGUAUCUCACUGCUGACUCAGCUGAUAAAAACAGAACACUAGGUAUUAUAUGAAUUACAUGUGUUGAUGUUUGUUUAAAUCUAAUGCUCCCUGUAGUUCAAACAUCAUUAAUCAUUAUUUUGUAAUAUAAAAUAAAGUUUUUGUAAAGAAGCCA